AUGGGGAAGUUGAGUCCGAGGUAUGUUGGGCCGUAUUAUAUCCUACAGAGUGUGGGUAAGGUGGCCUAUGAGUUGGCAUUUCCUGCGGGUCUAGAUAACGUCGAUUCAGUCCUUCAUGUAUCUGUAUUAAAGAAGUCCCUCAGUGAUCCAGCAUCGAUUCUAUCUGUUGAAGGUUUGGGGGUCGAUGAAUACUUGUCCUAUGAGGAGGUACCUGUUGAGAUUUUAGAAAGACAGUUCAAGCGGCUGAGGAACAUAGAGAUUGCCACAGUGAAGGUGCUACGUGGAUGGCCGAGGCCGAUAUGGCAUCCCGCUGCCCUCAUCUUUUCAGCCCUUGAGUAUUUAUGCUUUGAUCUGACUGGCCUUACGCUAGAUAAUUAG